AUGACGCCUUGGCAAACAAUAGGCGCCUUUAGGUAUAAAUGCACCUCGGGCAGGCGGCGCCGCGAUGCUCAGCGCUCCUGGGGGGCUGCAGGCUCAGCCCGGUGCCCUGGCCCUCGCCACCGCCCCGCACGCGGGAAGAUGCCCCGGGGGUUUCUGGUGAAGCGGAGCAGGAGGGCGGGCGGCUCCUACAGGGUGCGCCGCCAGGAGAGGGACCUCCAGCAGCCUCUACAGGUGCCCCCCGCCCAGGAGCCCCCUCUGGCCGCGGGGGCCGGCCCACCCUUGUCCCCGCUCCCCAAAGCCGCCCGGGAGGAGGGGGAGCCGGUCGCCCCGCCGCCGAGCCCGGAGCCAGCUCCUGGGAUAGCCAGUUGCCGGCCAACUCCGCCCGAGGGACCGGCCGCCUGGGGUGCGGGGGGCGCCUGCAGCGCGGCGGGGCUGAGGAAGGCUUUCUUCGAGCGCUGCCUCAGCUCGCCCGCCUCCGCCGAGUCCUUCCCGCCCGCCGAGAGGCUCCUGCUGCCGCCCCGCACGCCCCUCCCCGCGCCGGGCGGCCGGCUGGCCCAGGAACCGCUCUGCCCGGCGCUGAAGCGGCCGCCCCGGGCCAAGGCGCCGGCCAAGAAGCCCAAGGCCCUGCGGAAGCUCAGCUUCGCCGACGAGGUGACCACGUCGCCUGUGCUGGGGCUGCGGAUCAAGGCGGAAGGGCCGGAGGGCAGGGCCGGCCCCCCCGCGGGCGGGCGCACGCCGCUGGGCGAGUUCAUCUGCCAGCUGUGCAAGGAGCAGUACGCCGACCCGCUGGCGCUGGCCCAGCACCGCUGCUCGCGCAUCGUGCGCGUCGAGUACCGCUGCCCCGAGUGCCACAAGAUCUUCAGCUGCCCGGCCAACCUGGCCUCGCACCGCCGCUGGCACAAGCCCCGCCCCGCCGCCGACGGCCCGGGCGCCAAGAAGCCCUCGGGCGCCCCGUGCCCCUCUGAGGGGAAGGAGAACAGCAGCGAGCCGCGCCCCGCAGCCCCAGAGGGGCCGCGCCAGCCGCCGCCGCCGCCCGAGCAGGAUCAGCACCCCAGCGCCGCGGACAGCUCCUGCUGCCGAGACCUGAAGCCCGCCGGCCAGAGCGCCCUGUGCGGGGCGGGCGGCGAGGGGCUGAGGGUGGCGGCCCCUCCGGGCCCGAUCCCCGGCGGCAACGAGGUCUUCGUCUGCCCCUACUGCCACAAGAAGUUCCGCCGCCAGGCUUACCUGCGCAAGCACCUCAGCACCCACGAGGCGCCCCGGCCCACGGCCUACAGCCCCCUGGAGCGGGGCCAGAUCACUUUCCCCUGCCACCUGUGCGGGGCUCACUUCCCCUCGGCGGACAUCAGGGACAAGCACCGGCUGUGGCACGCCGUGCGGGAGGAGCUGCUGCUGCCCAUGGUGCAGCCCGAGAGCAGUGCCACGGAAGGGGAGCAGCAGAUCUUCUCCUGCAAGCACUGCCCUGCUACCUUCUUCAGUUCGCCGGGGCUCACCAGGCACAUCAACAAGUGCCACCCCACGGAGAACAGGCAGGUCCUUCUGCUCCAGAUGGCGGUCAGACCAGGCUGCUAA